AUGGACAGUUGCCCCCGAAAUGAGAAGAGCAGCGUCGGGCGUGGUGACGGCGCUGCCGUCGCUGGUUCUCGUCCGGCUCAACUAAUGCGCCUGCCAGCUGCCCCUCUUAUGGGUGUAAACAACAACAGCCUCGAUAGCCAAAACAGCUCCUCAGGUUCAAAUAGGACCAACAGCAGCGCCAGCCGCAACGGCGUCAGUGUCGUUGUCGUGCAUGCCUGUCCUGAAGUUACCGGUGCUGCUGUCCCCGCGGUAGCUGGGAAGGCACUUCACAUGAAGUGGGGCAGCGGCAGCGGUAGUCACAUCGACUGCUUCCCCGUCCUGACAGAGCCCGCACGUUGCAGCGCCAACGUCGUCACCGUGGCAGAUGAAGAUGCCGUAGCGGUGAACUCUUCUUCUGGACAACGCGGCGGCACCACGGCCAUCUCGUUCUUGACGUCGUCCUCAACAGUGCCACGCAGCCGCAGCCCGGGGCCCCCUAGCGAGGACCCGAAAGACAACACCAAGGCGCCCGUCGUGCCCGCUGCACCUGUUGUCACUGUAGCUGAGGCGUCGUCGCUGCCGAUGCGUGGCACCCUCUCAGUCGUGUGCUCGUCGUCCAAAGCGCAUUUGGCCUUUACGCGCAGGAAAGGUUCCAGCUCGCUGCUUUCAGCCUCGCGCGUAGGGGCGCCCACGGCAUGGACCAUUAGAGACGGCCCCAGCGGGCAGCAGACGUCCAUCAUCGCGAAGGACAGUGCUGCUGCGUUGCAACCACACAUAUCGUAUCAUCAGUGGCACGUUAGCAGCGACGGCAGCGACGACGGCACCUCAUCGGAUGUGGCGGUGUUAGAGGGACGCGUGGGUGGCACCGUGAACCCGCGUCUGCAGAACACCAGCAGCAGAGCUGGGCUGAGCGCCAGCGGCGAUGGCAGGACGCAAUGCCACGCAUCUCCGACGCUCAAGGCACUGGACAUCCUUGACGUUGGCGAUUGUGAAGACGAAGAGGAUGGGGUGCGUGAGGGGGCCAUCUUCGUUGGCGGAUCAAGUCUGUUCGAACUAAGCCCACGGCGUCUCUCUGGUCACAGCAGCGACAGCAACACCAGGGGCAAUGCGGGAGCUCCUCGAGGUAGAAUUCCGCAUUCGCAAAGCCAACUGAGCCUUAGCUGUGCGUUGCUUCCGCAGACCGCACCCCUGCAGUCGGCUUUGUCUACGACGCCGAAGGGGCCUAUUACAUCAUCCAGCGCUGCGGGCCAGCGAGGGCUACUGACGCUGUUCGCUGGCCGGCGGUCUGUGCCAUCGCGAGCGACAGAGGCGCCUGCUGACCACAACGGCGACAAUGAGGAAUCGGCGGCGGCAACAGCGUGUACCGGUUUGCGGCUGAGUGAAGAUACCAGAAUGAGGAUCAUGUCGUCCUUUCCGGCCGCUUUCCCUGCCGAGCUCGGUGGCGUCAUGGGUACGAAGCACUUAAGUGGUCGGCUGCACGCGCAGUCCGGCGCACCGACGUCGAACCCGCAACUCGGGGAGACGGAGCGAGAACUGCAGCAGCACGAUGGCACCUCAGCGCCCACAACUUUCUCUCCACGCACAGCAACAGUUUCUUCUAGGACGGCUCGUGCUUCGUCGCCUGAUGGUGUCAGUGCGGUGAUCAGUGUCAAGAGCGCAGCAGCUGUCGAGACGAAACUUGCUGCCUCGAAGUACACGACACAGCACCGCGCCAUUUUAGUCCCGCCUGCGCCAGCAGCUCCAGACAGCUGCAUCAACCCACAUCUCUCCGCGUCUUCUUUUCACAGCGCCUCCCUCGAGUCUGAGGCAGGCCGGCUCCUUUGUUCCUCGGAGCCGAUGACCGGGCCGACGGCGUCCGCGGCGAGCAUGACGCAGCUGCCGAGCCGCAGCGCCACCGCCCUUCCACACGCUCUAGUGCCCGCAGCGCUGCAGACCCCAUUAGCGUACCAGUGCAGCCCUCACUUGCCCACGAAGACGGCCUUCUCCAUCUCUUCUGCUUCUCUGGCGUCACCACUCUUGCUAGGGAGAGAGGCUGCUGUCAACACCCCCACUGCCGGCGCAUCGCCGCCGCUCUCGCGGCCUCCGCGAUCUCCGUGCCACCUCGCUGACACGGCGGCGUCAUCUGCCCCGGCUGUAAGCGAUAUAGCCCUAGUCCAGUUGCCGGCACUGGCGGAUACUGCUUCAUCUUCGCCUGUUUCUUCUUCGUCCGGGGGCGGUAACAGGGCCCUGCUUAUUGCUGCCGGACGCCGGCGUCCGCUGGACGCGUUGGCGCUACCAAUCAAGUCAUCGUCAUUGCCGUUGAGGGUCACGCCGGGCGACUGGAGGUCAGUGUUGUCGGCUGGCACGUCGCGCAGCCGGGCUGGCCCCGUGGGGACGCAUAGGACGUCUUUAUCUUCUUCCGCACCAACAGAGGCAUCGGAUGUCCAUAUCACUACCCGGCUGAGACAGCGGCCGUGCGGUGUCAACGGAGAUGUUGUGUCGACACCGGGCGUGCUCCAACGAGCGCGCGUGUUUCCGUCUGUGCCACCACCGUCCUUGACAGCUGCGCUGCAGCUCUCCAUGGGCAGCACCAGCGGUAUCAGCUGCCUCGCAUCGUACGGCUCACGCCCGACGACGGCGAACACGCACGAGUUUCACAGCUGUGCUGAUGGAUUGUUGGGCGAUGCGGGUGGCACCAUUCCCGCUCACCACUUCAUGUCGGCCUCGCCGCUUACCUUCGGCGCAUCCACUACCCCGAAGCACCUCCUCCACGCUUCUACGAGCGAAGCAGCAGUAACAGCAACGACAGCGGAGUCAGUCGGUUCAUCUGCGGAUGUGUUCCGUGGCGCCGUCGCAGAGGUGGUGGUGGCAAACCACCGUCAAGACGAGUCGUCCGCACACCAUAACCUCACUGCCUCCACGGAAACCAGGCGAGCAGCACGAAAUCCUGCACAGAUCUGGGACACAGUGAGCUCACCGUCGAGCGGACAAGGCAAUAGUACCGGCGGCAGCAGCGGCAAUAGGGACCAGAGCUCUGGCACGGGGCGAUCGUCCUCUGGCCCAACGACACCAGCGCACGUUGUCGCGACGGACAGCAUGGAGUACCUCGACGUGAUUAGCGUAAUGAAGCCGCCUGCGUGCCAGCCCAUCGCGUACCUCUCGGCCGAGGAAAAGAGAGCGCUGCGCCGCCACUAUUACAAUUGCUUGGAGCAGCCGCAGCAGGUUGGCCGGCAGACAUCCUCGCACACGGCACAGAGUUGCAGCGGCAGCGAUGCAGGACGGCCGCAACUCACCUCUCUCGCCCUCAUGACCGUCUCUGCAAAGGAUGUUCUGUUGAGCACGCCGACUUCCGCCUAUUUGUGUAGCAACAGCGCAUCGGCAACGUCAUCGCAGCGGGGCGUCAUGUAUCGCGGAGAGAACUCCGUCAAGCCUCGCCGCACGUCGAGGAUGUCCUCUCGGACGGCUGUCGCUCGGCUUGUAGCGGGGUUGCGCCGUACUGUGAAGAGUGGCAUAUCUUCGAUGGUGAGGUCAUCCAGGAGGGCGGAUAUCAGCACAGACAGCGGCGCAACCGACAUCAUGAUGGGUGCCGCGCUCCGCGGCGAAGCUACCAAGACGAUUCUGUGUAGCGAUAACUCGACCUCCACCAACUCCCCAUUGCUAACGCGGGGCGGGACGCGGGAGGGGGCACCUACGUGGUCCUUCUCUCUGGUGAACCAGCGCAGCUUUGGUGGCCCGCAAACAACGGCUCACAUGGUUCCCCCUGAACCCAAUGCGGGUGCUGUUGUGGCGGCGAUGGCUUUACCGCUGCAACUCUCGUACUCACCGUCGUCACUCUCGCAGUCCUCCACUGUGCUGGUGCCGGUGCCCAUACCGACGGUCGUGAGCAGCACGGUCUGCGGUGGCAGUGACGCCGGUGCUGAUGUGGCGCUGGAUGGGUCCGCAGCUGUGAGGGAUAACGCGUGCCCACUUGGGGCGCCUCCGAUUUCUGCGGAACGCCAGCGGCAGAGACAGCGUGCGGCGCCCACGCUCGGCAACAGUGGACUCCGGGCGGAGGCCGUGGUGUGGUCCGAGGGGGAAUGGGUCGUCAUCGCCGACAAGGAGGCAUCUACAGCAAGCUGCAGCUGCAAGAUUGAGGGGGUCACAAGCGCAGCCGCCAAGGCUUUGGUCUCCACCGCCGAGGUCGCGUUACCGCUGUCGGUGGAGCACGAGGUCCACAAUGCUCAAUCGUCGUCGCGACUGCCCAUCGCCCCAUCAGUCCCAAGCUACGCCGGGUCCAGCAGUCAGACACUCUUCAGGAGCUGCGAGGCCGUUGCACUGCCCAGCGUAGUUCCUCUGCAUGUCAGCUGCAUCGCCAAAUCGCACGGCAGCAGCCGCAGCCGCGGAAGCUCACGUAAUUCAUCUAGAGGCGGGCCACUGCUCGCCGCCUUGGCCACCGCGCGGAGCUUGGCGAAGCGCCGAAAUUUACUCAAGGGGAGCCGCUGCUCUCUCCUGCGUGACGCAGGUAGUCGAGCAUCACCUGCCAAUCGCGCUGAUGACACACCCAACACCACGAGGGCCCCCACGCGUGUGGGUUUCUUGCCAUUGCCAUCGUCCGCCUCGUUAGCUGCCAAAGUAGGAAUAGCAGCAGCGCCGAGUGAGGUGCGUGGCGCUGACGAUAACGAUGCCAACAGCAGCUGUAGCAAUCCAUUACAUCUUCCGCCGUUGAACGCAACAACGGCCAGCAGCAGCCACAGCAACCACAGUGGCGCUGCUGCCGCCGCUUCUAACACGCAGCAGCAGCAGCGUAAGAGCUCGAGUGGAAGCCUACCGACACUGCGAUCAACUUUCGUAUGCGGCGUGCCAGACGAGAGAAUGCGCCAGGCGUGUGCCCUGCAGUGCGGACACCAAAAAUUGUGCAGCAGCGGAGACCCCGGCACUGCGACGAACAGCGUGGAUGCUUCACGGUCAUCAUCAUCGCAGACGUCGUCUCGUCACCCCCAAACGGGCGGAGGCAGGUUCUACACAUCUGCCACAGGGAAAGCGACAGAGGUGAGGGCGGUGGAGCCACUCUAUGCUGGACAAGGCCGGGAGGUGUACGACGUCUUCCAGAGCGGUGUGGGCGUCGUUGUGGCGAACGAUGCGACGGCUGCACCGCUGCCGUUGCUAGCCCGCUCGCUCGCGUUCGCGGCGCCACUGCCGGGAGUUGGGAGAUACGACACUUCUGGCAGCGGUUCAACGACGCCGCGGAGCACCAUUGCCCAUGCGGCCUCAGCGACGCCAUUCUUUCAUUCUGUGUUAGGCGACGAUGAUGGUGGGCGACAAACAGCUGAGGCGGCCUCCAGCAUCUUCAGGGAUGUGGAGAGAGCAGUUUGGCGCUGCCACAACAGCGCGAGCGUCGGCAGCGACGACCCGCGCACCCCCCGACACAAAUGGGUCUCUCACGCCACAGCUGCCUCUGGCUCGUCGACAUCGACGCCGGAUUGGCAGCUCCGUCGUCGCUCUUUCGCCUCCGGCCCCUUGCUGUCUCACACGUCCGCGGCGAAUAUGAUCGAUCUUUCCGCACCGCUCACCACAGCGCCAGUGGCGUCGUCCAGUGCCUCGGCGAUAUCGGCGUCUGGUUUCAGCUCUGCUGCUACCGCCUUGGUGACGUGCUCUACGCCUCCGCGAGUCCGGUAUGCCCCACCAUUCCCCAGCAGCGUCGCCGUGGCACCCCAGGGAGCGCUGAACUCCGUCAGCACCCUGGCUGCCGCGGCGGAGGGGAACAUCUUCCAGGUUACACCGCUGAGUAGGCGCUCCUUCGUGAGCGUCCUCUCCGGCAGCACUCCAUCACCGCCCGACGCAGCAGACGACAAGGACAAGAUAUCGUCCGCUCUGCCAGUCCCCGACGUGCUCACCUGCCCUACUUGCACGAAGACGGUUUCCAUGUUCCGACCGGGUAGCAGUCAGGUCAGUCGAUGGGCCUCAAAGCUGCGCGUCAUGGACUCGAGUGUCACCUCCCUCUCGAUGACGACAACAACAACUGAGUCGGCGCCAUCGCCGUCACUGCGCACGGCCCAGCGCUCCGGCAACUUCAGUGACGUUGCUGCCGAGGACUCAUCCUCGCUCUCACCUGUGCCUAAGUACGCAUCUACAGCAACUAGUACAGCGGGCAGCGCACGGUCACUUGCGCUGGCAUCACGGCUAUUGAGAAGUUCGCUUCAGCUCAACAGGCCAGCGGCUGACCGCGACGAUCCCUUAAGUGGCAUUGCCAGCCGUCAGCAGCUCAACGUUGGCAAUCACGACCAACCGCCGCACCACUCCUUCCACUUCGCUGCCGUCGCUCUGCCACAGGCACCGCAGCUGCGGAAUCUACUCAGGCCAGCUGCGGCAAGGCAGCCACCGUUUACAUCUGUGUUGGCGACCCCUAGCGCCAUCACCGCCUCGCUGUACAUUGGGAACUUGGCAGGUGUGAGCGGCGACGACGGCAGCUUCGAGAAUGGCGCCGUCCACGACCCUGCCAUGGUAGCUGCGAAGCGGGGCACAGCAUGUGGCGCCUUCUUGAACAGCUCUGCUGCACUGCCCAGUUUGAAGAGUUUGCACACAGGCAGCAACGGCAGCGGCAGUCCCGAAUUGGAUCAUCCACCUCCUGAGCACACCGGCAACUUCGGAGGUGGAAAGCUCGAUGUCUCUGCGACGCCGUCUCCCGUGAUGGAGCUCUCCCUUUCGAUCUUAUCGUCAUCAUCCUCCACAGACUCCACCGAGCCGGAGCGCCGAAGCAGCAGGAGUAGUGGCGGAAAUAUUGGCGUUAGCGAGGGUGCGGCGAGUCGGGCAUCCAUAGCGACAACGACCGGCUCAUCAAUCAGUGCUGUCGAUAGCGGGGAUGAUGAUGGUGCUACGAGCGCAAACUCCGCUACCCCUCUACCAGCGGCUAUGGUGGCACCUGGUGCGAACUACUCGCCGCCACCGCUCUCGUGUGAUGCGGCGCCGGCGCUGUUUCAUCUUUCGAGUCUGUUUCUCUUUCACCAGCUCAAUGGGAGCCUUACUAGCGGCGGCAUCCCAGCGCUCAUGCUGGACGACAGCGAGCCGAGAUCGCCGCUGAAGCCACCGCCACGACCACGGAGUGAGACAGGGGUUCCGUGGCCCACCGGCCUCUGCGCCGCAACUGGGCGCGGCACCCCCGUGUCGCAACAACAACAGAAGCAAAGGCCCAGUGCUCUGCCGAUCCCGGCUCCGCCUGACCCACUAGUGCGGACCUCAGGGGCCUUGUCCCCCGCCGGUGCGACCGCAUUCAUUCCUUCCCCACUCCCAACAACGACACUCCGAUGUGGCGUACAUUCGAUUGUGGGAAGAACAGUGCCAGGCGGAGCGUACUCCGUGCCGCGCGGCGGGAACGGCGGCGCUGCUGGCACUGGCGCGAGCAGCUCGAAGACGACGAGUCACGACGGUUCAGAUAUUUCCUCUACAGCGGAGGUUGGGAUGUCGCCGUCCGGGGCAGCUUGGGUCUCAGGGAGCGUUCUGCUGUCCCACCACGCGCCCUCUCUCAGUCCUUGCCCAUCUCAGUCACCGCAACUGCUCGGUGCCAAGUGCGACCUGGGGACAGCUUUACUGUCGUGUGCCGCCUCUGGUAGUGACGCUGGCGGCGCGAGCGGCAGUCUUGUGGGCAGCCCCAGCGUGCGUAGGUCAUCUGAGUUCCCCAGUGGCACGCUUGGGUCGCUUCUCUAUAUUCCCCCUGAGCUGCGCUGCGGGCCGCAGUGGCGCCAUCUAAAGCAGCACUUGGGAGGCCCCAACAGCGCCUCCCCGCUCUCCUCACCGGCGACCACGCCACGCCACAGCGACCGCAGGUCCUCGCAUAAACCAAUGGCGCCGUCCUUCUCUCCAUUGCCGGCGGUCCUCGCUGCCGUACAAGGAGUAGACACCGAUGCAAAGCCGACGACACACACCUCCUCGCUGCGGCCGUCCGGUGAGCGUCCUCUCUCGCCAACGGCGGCGGUGGCGGCAGGGUGGCGGUGCGCCGGUGAUGGUGUAAUAACAGACUCGACUGAGGAGCAGCGCUUCUCGCGACUGCUUCAGGUGAAUAGCGACUACAAGACGCUUGUUUCUCAUAGGAUGAACACGCAGCCUCUCAACAAUGACGUGAACGAGUUCUCUAUCGUUUCUACUGUGAGCAACGCGACCGUGACGACGGCGCUUCCAGAGUGGCCAAGCAAGAACAACACCGGCAACUCUGCGAUGACGCCCCGGAACUCGAGCGCACACGAGAGCAGCGCGCGGCCAACCACUACAGUUGCAGCCGGGGCCGCGGUGGGCGCGCGCCUGUCGUAUACACGCAGGCCCAAUGCGUUACACGGCAGCCAGUGGGAUGGGGCGAACAGGAAUACUGUUGCCGCGACGGCGACUGCGCAUGUCAGUUUACCACCGCGGGUGCUGCCACCCCCCCCCCCCCCCCCCCACACGAGCGACAUUCAGCGGAGGUGA